CCUGCAGUCAUGUCUUCCAAGAAGAACAGAAAGCGGCAGAAAGAGGGCGCGGAGGGCACCUCGCCCUCGCUGUCUGCUGCUGCGUCUCGCUCGGGGACUCCGGCCCCUCUCGCCCGGCCGGCCGUGGCGGCGCCGGGGAUGCUGGUGGUCACCAACUUCCUUGAGAAAGUAGAUGGCAAAGUUCCCAAGACAUUCCAGAAUUCCCUUGUUCAUCUUGGACUUAAUACUAUGAAGUCUGCAAACAUUUGCAUAGGUCGACCAGUGCUCCUUACCAGUUUGGAUGGAAAGCAGGAGGUUUAUACAGCCUGGCCAGUUGCAGGAUUUCCUGGAGGCAAGGUUGGCCUGAGUGAAAUGGCACAGAAGAACGUGGGUGUGAGAGCUGGUGAUACCAUCCAGGUCCAGCCUCUUUUGGGAGCUGUGCUUCAGGCUCAGGAAAUGGACUUGGCACUGAGUGACAAAGAUAAGGAAAUUAAUGAAGAAGAACUGACUGGUUGUAUUCUGAGAAAACUAGAUGGCAAGAUUGUUUUACCAGGCAACUUCCUGUACUGUACAUUCUAUGGACGACUCUGCAAGUUACAAGUGUUGCAAGUAAAAGGGACAGAUGGCACAACAUUGGGCAAACCUCAGAGUGCCUCUGCUACUGAUAGCCAGGGCCUGGCCUCUGAACACUCUAGCAUGGAAAGCAGUGACGGGGAUAUAUCCUUCCAGCUAAGCCAGUUAGAUCUGAAAGAGCCUCAGAGCCCAGCAUCCCAGAGUACUCCCUGUAAAUCCAUUAAAGACAGAGUUAUGAAUAAAGCUGGUGAAGUUUUGUUAGAUGUUACACAGAGCCCCAGGGAUGGCAGUGGACUUGGACUGGAGGAAGUCACAGGUCCUAAGUGUAGUUUUGAUUCAUCCAGAGAAGGAAAUACACAGCCUGUCAGUGAAGAAAAACUACUGAAGUCUACCAGUGCAGGGGCAAAGAGGAAUACUGAUACUUUUUAUUUUAUUUCUUCGACAACAAGAAUCAACCUUAAAAAAAUUUGUACAAAUUCAAAAGAACACGACAGCCAAUUCAAAGUAACUUAUGACAUGAUUGGAGGCUUAAACAGUCAGCUGAAAGCAAUAAGAGAAAUAAUUGAACUGCCUCUCAAACAGCCUGAACUUUUCAAGAGUUACGGGAUUCCAGCACCUAGAGGGUUGUUACUCUAUGGUCCUCCAGGCACUGGAAAGACAAUGAUUGCUAGGGCUGUUGCGAAUGAAGUUGGAGCUUAUGUUUCUGUAAUUAAUGGUCCCGAAAUUAUAAGCAAAUUCUAUGGUGAGACUGAAGCAAGGUUACGCCAGAUAUUUGCUGAAGCCACCCUACGGCACCCAUCAAUUAUUUUUAUUGAUGAGCUGGAUGCACUUUGCCCUAAAAGAGAAGGAGCCCAAAAUGAAGUGGAAAAGAGAGUUGUAGCCUCACUCUUAACACUGAUGGACGGCAUAGGCUCAGAAGGAAGUGAAGGACGGGUAUUAGUCCUUGGGGCUACUAAUCGCCCUCAGGCGCUAGAUGCUGCACUCAGAAGACCAGGACGAUUUGAUAAAGAGAUUGAGAUCGGGGUUCCUAAUGCCCAGGACAGGCUUGAUAUUCUCCAGAAGCUUCUCCGAAGGGUGCCACACUUGCUCACUAAAGCUGAGCUGCUGAGGCUGGCAAAUAAUGCCCAUGGAUAUGUUGGCGCAGACUUGAAGGCUUUGUGUAAUGAGGCAGGUCUGUAUGCCUUGCGAAGAAUCCUGAGGAAACAGCCUAAUCUCCCUGAUAGCAAGGUGGCUGGCAUGGUGAAAAUUACCCUGAAUGAUUUCUUACAAGGGAUGAAUGACAUCAGACCUAGUGCUAUGAGAGAGGUAGCGAUUGAUGUCCCAAAUGUAUCCUGGUCAGAUAUUGGAGGACUGGAAAAUAUCAAACUGAAAUUGAAACAGGCUGUGGAAUGGCCCUUGAAACAUCCUAAGUCUUUCAUCAGAAUGGGUAUUCAGCCACCUAAAGGAGUUCUCUUGUAUGGUCCUCCUGGAUGCUCCAAAACAAUGAUAGCAAAGGCUUUGGCCAAUGAAAGCGGGUUGAACUUUCUAGCUAUAAAGGGGCCUGAGUUAAUGAAUAAAUAUGUCGGUGAAUCUGAAAGAGCAGUUAGAGAGAUAUUCCGUAAAGCAAGAGCAGUGGCACCUUCCAUUAUCUUUUUUGAUGAACUUGAUGCUUUGGCAGUUGAAAGAGGCAGUUCUUCAGGAGCUGGGAAUGUUGCAGACCGUGUUUUGGCUCAGCUGUUAACGGAGAUGGAUGGGAUUGAACAGCUAAAAGAUGUAACAGUUUUGGCAGCUACUAAUCGCCCAGACAGAAUAGACAAGGCUUUGCUGCGGCCUGGAAGAAUUGAUAGGAUCAUUUACGUGCCCUUACCGGAUGCAGCAACAAGAAGGGAAAUACUGAACCUACAGUUCCACUCGAUGCCAGUCAGUAAUGAGGUUGAUCUGGAUGAACUCGUCCUCCAAACUGACACUUAUUCAGGAGCAGAGAUCAUAGCUCUCUGCAAGGAGGCUGCUCUUCUGGCCCUGGAAGAAGACAUUAAAGCUGACCGCAUUAUGAAGAGGCAUUUCACUCAAGCCUUGAGCAUUGUGACACCUAGAAUCCCAGAGUCACUGAUGCGUUUUUAUGAAGAUUACCAAGAGAAGAGUGGGCUACACACAGCCUAAGAAAUACAUACUUAUAUGCAUAUAUUUUGUAGAGAAAAGUUUUGUUUGCAAAUUUUGUCUUGAGAGUGUUUACAGUUUCUUAAUAGGUAAAUGUUUGAAAUAUCCUCCCUGGAGUUGAAGAGCCUCACCUCAAUGUUUUUGAAUCAUUCAAGUACAAUAAACAUAUCUCUGGGCAUGAGUUCAAA